CGCAGCCUCGGCAUCAUGUACAGAGGGGUGCAGCUGCUGAUCCUGCUCUACUUCAUCUGGUACGUGUUCAUCAUCCAGAAGGGCUACCAGGAGAACGAGACGGGCCCCGAGAGCUCUGUGGUCACCAAGGUGAAGGGCAUCAGCCGCUCGCACAGCAAGGUCUGGGAUGUGGAGGAGUACGUCAAACCCGCCGAGGGUGGCAGCGUGUUCAGCAUCCUCACCCGGGUGGAAGUCACCCACUCCCAGACUCUGGAGAGCUGCCCCGAGAGCCUGGAGGUCCCGCACUCCGCCUGCAGCUCUGACAGCGACUGUGUGGCUGGGGAGAUGGACAUGCUGGGGAAUGGAGAGAGGACGGGGCGCUGCGUUCCCUAUUACAAUGGGUCGGGGAAGACCUGUGAGGUCACCGCCUGGUGUCCAGUGGAAGACGGAUGGACGGUCAGCGAGUCCCUGGGGAAGAUGGCCGCGCAGUUCACCAUCCUGAUCAAGAACAACAUCCACUUCCCCCGCUUCGGAUUCUCCAAAGGGAACGUGAAGGGCGAGAAGAGCGGCUACCUCAAAGGCUGCACCUUCAACGAGACCACUGACCUGUACUGCCCCAUCUUCCGCCUGGGCUCCAUUGUGGAGCAGGCAGGAGAGAACUUCACCACGCUGGCCGAACGGGGCGGUGUUAUCGGGGUGAUCAUAAACUGGAACUGUAACCUGGACCUGCCCGACUCCGCGUGCAACCCCAGCUACUCCUUCCGCCGGCUGGAUCCCAAGAGCAUUCAGGUCUCUUCUGGCUACAACUACAGGUUCGCCAAAUAUUACAGCUGCAAUGGGACGAACACGCGGAGCCUGAUCAAGGCCUAUGGGAUCCGCAUCGACGUUAUUGUGCAUGGCCAGGCAGGGAAGUUCAGCCUGAUCCCCACCAUCAUUAACCUGGCCACGGCGCUGACCUCAGUGGGAGUGGGCUCCUUCCUCUGCGACUGGAUCUUACUGACCUUCCUGAACAAGAACAAUGCGUACAGCGCCCGGAAAUUCGAUCAGAUGCAGCCACUUGGCACCUCAAGAGCCAGUGCCCAGAGACCAGGCCGGAUAGGCUCUCCCUGCCCCUGCUGGCUCUGGGCAUUCCUUGCGGGAGCCGGGCACUGCAGCCUGCCUGAUGAUCCACCUCACGGGCCUUCCCCUGGUCAUUCUCCACGCCCUGGGCGCUGGGGUGGGGCCGUGGAGCGAGGCCCAGGCACUAACUGCCCCAUCUCUCCUCUGUCUGGCCAGGACAGGACCCCGGCCCCAGGCUGCAGCGGUAACGCCUGCACCACCCAGGCCUCCUCGCCGGCCAGCCCCCAGGGCCUCGGCCAGCACUGAGCUGCCUCUGCCCCCUACCUGCUGCUGUGGCUGGACUGGAGAGUGGGGA